AUGGUUGCCAACGGAUCAACCGAUCCUGAAUUUCCCUGUUCACUAACAAUAUCCCUGCCCCUCCCCAACAACCGGCUCGCCUCCUCUGCGCUCCAAGCCCUCGAAGUCGACGCCGAACUAUCCCCCUUUGUCCGCCGCAGUUUCGCCCUGAAAUCUCCAGUUCAGAGCUCCACCGCCGACGAGGAUGAGCCGGCGAAGACAGUUCUUGAGACGACCUACCGCGCUACAACGAAUCGCAUGCUGCGUGUGGCUGUUAACGGGUUCAUGGAGAGCUUGGGGGUAGUGCUCGGAGUUAUGGAGGAGUUGGAUGUGGAUGUUCUGAACGAGGAGAUUGAGGAGGAGAAAUGA